AUGGAACCCGAAGAAGAGGUCUGUCCAAUCAACGCAGGAGAAGACACAACAGCACGAGUGUUUCCUUGUUUAUUCUGUUCAAGAAAGUUUUACAGUUCUCAAGCCUUAGGAGGCCACCAAAAUGCUCACAAGAAGGAGAGAAAUGCAGCAAGGAAGGCAAAAAGAGCAUCUGAAAUAUUCCCACCACCAACAUUCCCAAUUAUGUUUGCUCCUAGUCAUCAUUUAGGGCUCUUGCACCCUUCAUUGUACAGAACUGCUCAUGCAGCCACCCUCCCGUGUCCUCCUACUCACCAGUUUUCCGAUCGUUUUGGAUCCAAUAAUGCAGCCAGGUUUGAUAAUGUGCUGUUUUAUGGGAGCAGUAGGUAUCGUCAAUAUGAUCAAGAAGAUGAGCAGAGUUUCUUGAAUUGGCAAAGAAGCGUAAGAUUCAAUGGAUUCAACGAAGGUGGGUCCAACCAAUAUCUUUCAAGGGUGAACGGCAAUCCCAACAUGGGGAUCAGGAAUGAUAAAGAUCAGAAACUUGAUUUGACUCUUCAUUUAUGA